AUGGGCGAACCCAGCAAGAAAAGACGUCUGUCAGGCGAUGCAGACGCCGAAUCCAAAAUGGAAGUCGACACAAAUGACAUCGCUGAACCCAAAACCUCCCAGAAGACCAAGCGCACGCUCUUCGUUCGAUCGCUUCCUGCCUCAGCUACCACGGAGAGUCUAGUCGAGCAUUUCUCCCAGUCAUACGUGAUCAAGCAUGCGAUUGUCGUCAGUGAUCGGGAGACCAAGCAGUCCAAGGGGUAUGGUUUCGUCACGUUCGCCGACCUCGAGGAUGCGCAAAGCGCUCUGGAGGAACUGAACGGGUCCGUGUUUGACGGGAAGAAAAUUCGAGUUGAUUACGCCGAGUCUCGCCACCGUGAGAUCGAUGAGAAGAUUGGAAAGAGUGUCCCGACUGCCGCGGCGCUCAAGUCCAAGCAAGAGAGAGAGGAGCAGAGAGGGCAGGGCCCGCCGCCCAAGCUGAUCGUGCGCAACCUGCCGUGGAGUAUCAAGGAGCCCGAUGACCUAGCUGUUCUCUUUCGGAGCUUUGGGAAGGUCAAACAUGCAACGCUCCCUAAGAAAGGGGAUAAGCUGGCUGGUUUUGGCUUUGUUAUUCUGAGAGGCAAGAAGAACGCUGAGAAGGCGCUCCAGGCUGUCAAUGGGAAAGAGGUGGAUGGACGCGCACUGGCUGUUGAUUGGGCUGUUGAAAAGGAAGUGUGGGAGAAGACAAAGGAGGAGGAUGAGGAAGAAGACGGAGAGGAAGAGAAGGGCGACGCAGACUUGGACAUGGAAGAUGCAGAAGCUGCCUCUGAUGACGUCUCCGAGGAUGAAGAUUCGGAGGAAGAUGAUGACGAAGAUCUAGACGACCUCGAGGAUUUGGACAAUGAAGACGACGAGGAAGAUGUGGAGGAUGACCGAAAUGCUUCAACUAUCUUCCUGCGCAAUCUACCCUUCACUGCCACAGACGAUUCCCUCUACGAACAUUUCGCUCAAUUCGGCCCGCUACGAUACGCGCGAGUUGUCCUCGACUACGAAACCGAACGACCCCGAGGCACAGGGUUUGUCUGUUUCUGGAAACCCGAGGAUGCUACAUCUUGCAUUCGCGAAGCCCCUAGAAACCCCGACACAAUGGCCGCGAAAAAGGACAAGUCCAACCAAGCCACCAAGCAUUCUGUUCUCCAAAAUGAGAAUUCCGACCCCAGCGGACGCUACACAAUGGACGGCCGGGUCCUCCAAGUCGCUCGCGCCGUGAGCAAGACCGAAGCCGGGAAGCUCGAAGAGGAAGGAGUAUCACGCCGCCUCGUGCGAGACAAGGACAAGCGCCGACUCUACCUCCUAUCCGAAGGAACGAUCCCGUCCGACUCGCCGCUCUACAAGAAGCUCUCCCCGUCCGAGAUCAAAAUGCGCGAAGAGAGCUUCAAGCAGCGUCAAAACUUCAUCAAGAAGAACCCAGCCCUCCACAUCAGCCUGACCCGUCUUGCCAUCCGGAACAUCCCGCGCUAUGUCACGUCCAAGGACCUGAAACAACUUGCCCGGCAGGCCGUCGUCGGAUUCGCCACAGAUGUCAAGAAGGGUAUCCGCCAGUCUCUUUCCAAGGAGGAACAGCAACGCUCGCGGGAUACGAUGAAGGAGCUGGAGACUAUACGGAAACAGAAGAAAGCCGGUAUCGUGCGCCAGGCCAAGGUUGUCUUUGAGACCCGCGAUGGGUCCAAGGUGACUGAGAAGAGCGGCGGCGGGCGGAGCCGCGGGUACGGAUUCAUCGAGUACUACACGCACCGUCACGCAUUGAUGGGUCUGCGCUGGCUGAACUGCCACAUGGUCGAGCCUCCCGCGCAGCCCGCGAAGUCCACAAAGCCCACCAAGUCCGGCAAGGCUGCCCAGCCGGCGCCAGUCGAGGAGAUUAAAGAGGACAAGAAAAAGCGGUUGAUUGUGGAAUUUGCCAUUGAGAACGCCCAGGUCGUCAAGCGGCGGAACGAGCGCGAAUUGCAGCAAAAGGCUCGUGCCGACAGCAAGACGGAUUACAAGCAAAAGUCCAAGGAUGGCGACGACAACAACAAGAACCAAUCCGACAAUGCCGAGGGCAGGAAGAGAAAGAGGGGCAAGGACGAGGAUGGUAAAGACGAGCAUGACGCGGAGGAGGAGAACAAGCUUGCCAAGCGCAACCGGAUCAUUUCGAGGAAGCGCAUGCAGCGCAAAUCGCGCAAGGGGAAGGCCUGA